AUGCGGGGCGCCCAGGCCAUCAUUUGGGCUGUUUGUCUCGCCUGUGUUCAGCCUGUGGUGUGCCCCAGGAUUCCCAGCUCCAGGUCAGUCCGGGACCGGCCACGCCCUGCUCAGGGCACUCCCACAGACAGGGCCGAGUGCUUCUCUGACUACAUGACCCUGCGGAUCCCCAGGGCCCGUGUGGAGGGGCUGAGGCAGUGGCUGGCCCGGACCCUGCACCCACUAGGAACCUGGAGGUCCCCUGGAGGUCAGGGUCAUCUUCUGGCCCAGUGCGGCUACCUCCUGCAUCCCGGGCCUGAGGGUCACUUCAUUUUCCAGGCUCUGUACUCGGCCUGUUUUGUGCAAAAGGAGAACGCAAAUUACAGGUUGGAAAUCAGAAUCUUUCGCAAAGGGGUGAAGAGGUUGGAGCAGAGCGAUCGCUACAUAAUGAAGUGUCCUGUGGUCCCGCCAAGGCCUGGCCAGCAGAGCGUCCUCUGCAGGCCCUCCUUCAUUCAGGUCUCUCGGCCCCUGCCCCUGAGGACCCACAGUGGACAGGCCCCGUGGCUGUUGUCCCUUCGUGGGGAGAUGGUGGUGUCUCUGGAGGAUGCCAGCCUGAUGGGGCUGCACGUGGACCUCAAUGUCACCACCAUCACCGUUCAAAUCCCCCGGCGAGACCUUCUGCAGAGACAGGAGGUGCAGAAUGUCUCCAUGGAGCUGCUGCCGCUCUGGCUGGUGGGAGGUCACUACGCCUACUCUCUAGAGGCUGCUUGCCCACUGGUGUCACCCCAGCCAGAUUCAGAGGUCUUUGUCCACAUUCCCAAGCGGAGGCUGGGGCUGAUUAGAAGAGGGCCCCUGGUAGAAAGGGGCCUGAGCCUGAGCUUCCUCCGGGUGCACCAGUCAGACCCCGUGGCUGUGAUUGAGAGCAAGGACUUCCUGGUGGUCAGCCUUCCGGCUGCCGCGCUGCUCCGGGCUCAGCCUUGCCAGGAGUCCCAGGGAGCUCCAGGGGUGCAAGCUUCCUACAGGGUGGACCUGAGCCUGGGGUUCUCCGAGUCCCUCACCCCGGUGCUUUGGACGGUGGAAAAUUUCUUCCAAUGCAUGGGUUCUGGAGCAGAGUUCCCUGCCUCGACAGUCACACCCAGGAUUAUUGCAUCCAAUGCAUCCCCGAGCCUGGAGACCCUUCCGGAAGGAACGUCGUCUGCUGCCACCACCCAGCGCCAGCCUACGGGGCUGACCCGGGGGCCCCCAUCAUCCCUGCCAGCAGCCGGACCUCCAGGAGGAAGCCACGCCUCCACCGCAGCUGGUCUUUCCAGAACAACCCAAGAUCAGUGUGGUCCCCGGGAUCCCCUGGGGGAAUCAGGACUCCUAGGGAAUCAGUCUCCCUGGCCUCCAGCCACACUCUCCUCAGAGCCCACAGCAGCUGCCCGGGCUAAGCCCUUACAUCCAGUCUCCCAGGAUCCCCCUGCCCUGACUGCAUAUUUACCCCCAGAAGUCUCUUCUCCACAGCUCCCCUGGGGGUUGGACGGAUCCAAAGUGCUCCCAUCUGUUACCUUCAUGGAAGGUUCCAGAACAAGGAGGCUGGAGCAGGACCCUGCCCAGCUACCAGGAAGCCUGGGAGCACUAUCUACAGUCCAGCCCAGCCAGGACAUGCCAGACCAGGCCAGUGGGGACGUCCAGCCAUCAAGGUGGCCCCUGUGGACUGGCCUGGCUAAAGAGGCCUCAGUUUCCCCCCAGGAAACAGCCUUCAUCACCGAGGCCGAGGGGCCACCCCAGAUGGAGCAUGGCCCCCCUCAGGACAGGACUUGGGGGCCCCUGGGCCAGUCACCCCCACACCCAAGGCAGGAGAGACUUCCCACUGCAGGAGGGGGCCAGGCAGGCACCCGCAGCCACCCGGGGGUGUCAGAGCCCCCUGGGCAGCCAGCAGCCCCCCGGAUAGCUUUCCCAGAAAGCCCUGUGGCCUCCACUUCUGAGAAGCUUCUAGUCUCAUCCCAUGUGUCUGAGACGCUGACAUUUGACAACUCUGCCAAGCACUGGCAGGAGCACUGCUGCUUUGGGCGAGAAGAUGAGAGUGGCGGAAGAUGGCCCCCGAGGACCACCCAGCUGGAGGAAGAUUCACACCUGGACUCCACACAUUGCCUUCCCCGGGCGCAGAGCUGCAGUGCCGACCAUGGGCAGCAGGGGGCAGCAUAA